UUCCCAAUUGCAUUUCCACUUCUCUCUUCUUCUUCUUCUCCUGCCCUUCAUGAAAUCAAUGGAAUCAUCGCAAGUGGAGUUCUCUUUGGAAGCCAAAAGGAUUACGAAGGAGGACUUUGAAUUCGUCGCCGGAAACGCUUCCGAAUCCCAUGCCAACUCCCUCGCCGCCGAUGAACAGAGAUCUGAUCUCCGGCGAGGCCCAAUCUCAGAGGAGUCAAUUGAUGACAAAAUAAUGGUGCAAAGACAGAGGGCAAAAGUGGCUGCAAGAACUCAUAAAAACAUAAGCAACGAGAGUUCUUGCGAAACAGGCGAAGACGAAGAAGGCGAAGAAGAAGAAAAAGAAGAUAGAGUGAUGAAGGAGCUGAGGAAAUUGCAGAGGCAGAACAUGGUGACACAAUGCCUGGUGUCAGCACUAAUGGUGCUGACCCUAACAUGGCAGGUCUCAGAGGUGUCUCUGAUCCUUAAGCUGAAAGACGGCCUGAACCACCCGCUCCGAUCAUUCGGGGGUUUCGUCUCCUGGAUGCUCAGGCGCCGCCUUAAAGCACCCCAUCAAGGAGAAGACGAAGAAGAAAAAGAAGAAGAAAGAAAACAGAAGAGGCAAGGCGAUGAGGCGUCGCGAGCAUCGCCCUUUCCUGCCAUUAAGAUCCCUAAGCUCUCCCUCCCAUCGCUGGACUUCAUUACAGAAGAAUGACGAUUGAUGAUUUGGACACCGUGACAGUGAAGGUGAAAAAAAUAGAUAAAGUUGAUCUUCAAAUUCUAUGUUCAUUCUUCAUUGUGUAACUCUUUUAAUCUUGUACUUCCUGGCUUUGUUCCAAACUAGUAUGCGCAGAUUGAAUAAUGCUGUAUAUAGAAUGCAACAUUUUGACUAUUAUUGGCAUGCAUUUGUACUCGUUCGUGACCUUAGAUAGGAACGUCUGU